GAAGAUGACAAAGAAAAACACAGGUUGUUUGAAGGUAAUGCACUCCUACGUCGUUUGGUUCGUAUUGGAGUACUAGAUGAAAACAGAAUGAAGCUCGAUUACGUAUUGGGUCUCAAGAUUGAAAAUUUCUUGGAAAGACGUCUGCAAACACAAGUCUUCAAAUCUGGUCUAGCUAAGUCAAUCCAUCAUGCUAGGGUAUUGAUCAGACAACGACACAUUCGGGUCCGCAAACAAGUUGUGAACAUUUCCUCAUUCAUCGUCCGUUUGGAUUCACAAAAACACAUCGACUUCUCUCUGAAAUCACCUUUGGGAGGCGGUCGUCCAGGACGUGUUAAGAGGAAGAACCUCACCAAGAAGAGCGGUGGUGGAGGUGCAGCUGAAGAAGAGGAAGACUAA